AUGACAUCAAGACGUUCACUUUUACUUGGCUUCUUCGCCAGCCUUGCGCUCGCUCAGAGCUCCACGCUCGACUGCACCCCCUCUUCCAAAUCCGGGCUCCAGCCAGAAUGUUGGGCUGAGCUUCAGGUCUCGGAAUACAUCAAAAAAUGGCUCGAUGCCAACAGCACGGCCGCGGACUGCGACAACUUGGGAUUCGCUCAGUGCUUCCUCCAGUAUAACGGCUACAGUGGAAAGACAUGCAAUCUACUCAGCAGGGGCACGUGCGACUCUUUCGAGACGACUGGCUCCGAGGCCACGUACUACUCGUCUCAACAAUUCUACACUCUUUGGAACAUAUACGCUGUUUAUCAAUUCUUCAAUCAGUUCUCCGAGGCUCUUUCGAACGGGGCUAGUUUGGCCGGGACCACCAUCGACGACAUCGUUGCUACCGUCAGCCCGCCCACAGACGCCAGUUCUCCGAGCACACUCCUGUGGACGGCGAUAAGCGGAGGAUUCUGGAUGCUUGCUGCGACACCCCUCGGGCCUUUCGCUGCUCUUGUAAACACUGGUCUGGCCGUUGUCACAGGCAUGAGUAGCUUUUUCAUGGGCAGCAUCUCCGGCAGCUCGACCGCACGAUUUGUUCUGCUGGGCGACAUUGGGAGCGAACUCACCAAUCUCGUCACAGAAUACCAGACCAGCCUCGAGGAAGCUCUCAAAGAGCUCCAAGGGAACAGCGCUCUCUUCAUUGCGGCAGCCGAACCUGGCGGAUUCAGCACUCGUGCCGUCACCAGCCUGAACACUCAGAGCGUCGACAUCUUCCACGAUCUCCAGCUGUACAUCCUUUCCGAGGCACUUAAAGGCAACAACAUUGUGUCUGCCAGGUCUACGGAUAUAAUCGCUAUGGAUGUCGCCACCAAUACUGGCGCAAUCGAUUGUCCCAGCCUCGGCCCUGCGGGCAACUGCUAUCAAUUCUGGGUCGACGAGGAGGAGGGGAAUACCUAUGCGCUCCAUAACACGAAUGACUGGGGCUUUGAUGACAGCACUGAUGUCAUUAACAAGAUCGUGGACUCUGGCUGGGCGAACCUCUCUGAGAUCUUCAAGGUUGAGGACUGCCAGGACAAGGAGCCCGGCUUCGACGGUACCAAGGUGUCGUGCCUAGCCACCCACAAAUACUGCCAGUGGGACUAUGCUUCUCAGGUCUCUGGCGGAAAAUGGAACCAAUUCACCAACUGUGACUCUGACUCCAAGUGGGGUACUCAGUGCAGCUCUUGGUCUACCAUCUAUCUCAUCCCGGACAGCUACCUCGGGCCGGCUUUGGCCGAUGACACUCUGUACUGCAGGAAAUUGUAG